ACUUUCAGGUCUGUAGCAUGCCUAGUUUCUUCGAUGCACUUGGGUUAGGCUCACAGGAAGGGUCUUCGAGAAAUGUUUCAUGGACACCUACUACUGACCCGACAUCUGGUCCCAAUGACAAUGCAUCAAAAGAAAGUAGUACACAAGCACAAACACAGAUGCAGAAAGGAUAUUCAUUUGAUUCUUCAGCGCUAGAACGUGCGGCUGAUGCUGCGCGGCAGUUGGAAAGGUCUCGAAAUGCCAAGGAAGCAUUUGAGAUGGCACGAUUGCAAGAAUUAACUAAGCAGAAAGAAUAUGAGGCGGCUGCUAAGCAGACAGAAGCACAGAUACAAGCACUUCGGUCAGAACAAAUACGUGUUGCGGAAGAAGAAAGACGCAAAACUUUAGUUGAAGAAACAAAACACGCACGUGCUAGAGCAGAACAUCAAGAUCAGUUGGCACGCAAACGGCAAGAAGAGGAGCUAGCAAUAAAAGCGCGCAUGCAAGCUGAAAGUUUGAAGAAACAAGAAGAAAGUGUGCGAAAGCAGGAAGCCAUGAGAAAAGCAACCAUUGAACACGAAUUGGCUUUGAAACAUAAAUAUGAUCUAGAAAAGGUUGAAGCUGAAACUCAUGCCAGAGCUAAAGCUGCUCGUGAAAACCGGGAUAUCAAUCUGGAACAGCUGCGUGCAUCCGAAGAAGAGCGGCGGAAAACAACGAUUGAAAAAAUUAAGGUCAGUGGAGCAGUUUUAGGAGCUGGAUUGCACGAAUUUUUUAACGACCCGAAAAAAAUCGUCUCAGCUGUUGGUAGUUUAACUGCGCUUGCUAUUGGUUUGUACGGUGCUAAACGAGGCACAGCAGUUGUGGCUCGUCAGGUUGAAUCACGAUGGGGAAAACCGAGUUUGGUUCGAGAUACUUCACGUAUAACAUUUUCAGAACUGUUUAGACAUCCCAUCAAAACAUUUAGAACCGCUUUCCGAUCUCUGGAUGAUCCUUUGAAAGGAGUUAUUCUAAGUCCGGAGUUAGAAGCACACUUGCGAGAUAUCGCGAUAACUACAAGGAACACAAAACGGAAUCAUGGUCUUUUCCGGAAUGUACUGUUUUACGGUCCACCUGGUACUGGCAAAACUCUUUUCGCCAAGAGUUUAGCUCAUCAUUCGGGUUUGGAUUAUGCUGUCAUGACUGGUGGUGAUGUGGCCCCUUUGGGACAUGAUGGCGUUUCUGCGAUACACAAGGUUUUUGAUUGGGCUGAGCACACGAGCAAGGGUUUGGUGCUCUUUAUCGAUGAAGCUGAUGCCUUUUUACGUAAGAGAGCAACUGAACAGAUAAGUGAGAGUAUGCGCGCCACGUUAAAUGCAUUUCUGUUCAGAACCGGUGAACAAUCUAGAAAAUUCAUGCUGGUCGUCGCUUCAAAUCAGCCGGAACAGUUUGAUUGGGCUGUAAAUGAUCGAUUGGAUGAAUUAGUUGAAUUCAAGUUACCUGGUCCUGCGGAACGUGAGCGUAUUAUUUUGCAGUAUUUCGAUAAGUACAUUGCUGCACCAGCUACGUCAGGUUCCAAAAAGGCGCGCUUGAAGUUAGCAAAUUUUGACUGGAUUAAAAAAUGCACUGAUAUUGCGCAGAAGACUGAUGGAAUGAGUGGUCGGCAGCUCUCCAAGCUUGUCAUCGGCUGGCAGGCGGCGGCAUAUGCUUCGGAAGAUGGUGUGCUUACGACCGAAAUGAUUGAUCGUUGUACACGUGAAAUGGUGGAUCAACACAAGCAGAAGAUUAUGUGGCUCGAUAAAGAACAAUUAUCCGUGCGAUACUUUGGACACAGAAUACCGGAAGAAUUGCCACCAACGUCGAAAUUGCAAAAGGAGAGAGCGGUGUCAUAAAAGUUCAUUUUAUCUAGCACCCCCAAAACAGAUUCUUUUGCGAAUCGAUAGAUUGAUUCGUGCCAUUUUGUAAGACAUGAUAGAUGUUAUUUGUUUAUUUGUUAUAAAAUUUGACAUCUGCGGCAUACAAUCUGACUCCUAAACCAUAUUCUACAGAAACGUUAAGGUUUAAAAAUAAGUGCGGAUUCAGCAAGUGGGA